AUGCGCUGGUGCGGCUGGUGGCGGGCGCGGAGCGCGUGGCGGGAACGGCGUGCGUGUAGCGCCGCGCGACAUGCUCGCCGACCGCGCGCAGGCUGCGCGCCUGCUUGCGCGACUCGCGCGGGAGCUCCUGCAGCGGUGAGUGGUGUAACUGUGCUGCGACGGCAGCAUCUCGGGCAGCGAGCUGGUGCGGCGUGCGGGCGCGCUGAAGCGGUUGGUGGCGGGCGCGCGGCGCGUGGUGCCGCGCGACCUGCGCAAAUGCUCGCCGACCGCGCGCCUGCUCGCACGACUCGCGCGGGAGCUCUAACACCUACUGACGAGAAACCGACGCAACAAGACUGGGAGUGUCUUCUCAAAGAUAUCCUUGAACUACAAAGCACUCUAUUUGAUUGUGUUCCUAAGGAGCAAUGCUAUGAGAUCUACGCGUCGGCGCUACUGGCGUCCGGCACGGCGAGCGGCGUGCGACUGGCGAGCGGCGUGCUAACGUGCGUGGCGGGCGCACGCGCCGCACCGCCCGCGCUGCCAUACGCGCGCUCCGUGCAGCUCGUGCUCGCCGCCGCCCGCGAGUACUUCAACUCCGCCUCCGCGCUCACCGACCCGGCCCUCGACCUCGCCAGGUGCUGUCUCACGUUGAUCGAAGAUGAAAAUGACGAGAUACAACAAGAGCUAGACCUUAUCGCUGCAUUGCCGUUACUGAGUGCUUUUGGAUUGACUAUCCUUCCGAUUCAAGUUCGUCUAUGUGAGGAUAAAAUGACUUUGAUACAAGAAUGUUUAAAAUUGGAUCACAGCGCAUACCUUGCUAGUCACAAAUUGCUCAAACUUGCGAAAUUGCUGAGGAUUGCUGGAGAUGAUGAGCAAGCACGCGAGGGCGCGGUGCUGCAGCUAGUGUGCGAGCAGGCGCUGGAGGCGGGGUGCGCGGCGGGCGCGGGUGCGGCGGCUGCAAGCGCGGCGCGGCGGCUGGCGGCGCUGCGCCACGCGCCCGCCGCGCGCCUGCUGGCCGCCGCCGCGCGUGCGCACCCGCACGCCGACCCCGCUGCACGCCGCCACCUGCUGGCCGCCGCCGCCACGCACGUCGCGCCCGCGCGCCUACAGCACGUGCUGCGCGACAGCACGCACUGCGCCACGUGCCCGCCGCGCGACUGCUGGCCGCCGCCGCGCAUGCAAACCCGCACGCCGACCCCGCCGCGCGCCGACACCGUCUGGCCGCCGCCGCCACGUACAUCGCGCCCGCGCGCCUACAGCACGUGCUGCGCGACAGGUACGUGCUUCGCACACAGCACGCACUGCGCCACGCGCCCGCGGCGCGACUGCUGGCCGCCGCCGCGCGUGCGAACCCGCACGCCGACCCCGCCGCGCGCCGCCGCCACGCACUUCGCGUCCGCGCGCCUACAGCACGUGCUGCGCGACAGGUACGUGCCUCGCACACAGCACGCACUGCGCCACGUGCCCGCCGCGCGACUGCUGGCCGCCGCCGCGCAUGCGAACCCGCACGCCGACCCCGCCGCGCGCCGCCACCUGCUGGCCGCCGCCGCCACGCACAUCACGCCCGCGCGCCUACAGCACGUGCUGCGCAACAGGUACGUGCCUCGCACACAGCACGCACUGCGCCACGCGCCCGCCGCGCGACUGCUGGCCGCUGCCGCCACGCACAUCGCGCCCGCGCGCCUACAUCACGUGCUGCGCGACAGGUACGUGUCUCGCACACAGCACGCACUGCGCCACGCGCCCGCCGCGCGACUGCUGGCCGCCGCCGCCACGCACAUCGCUCCCGCGCGCCUACAGUACGUGCUGCGCGACAGGUACGUGCCUCGCACACAGCACGCACUGCGCCACGCGCCCGCCGCGCGACUGCUGGCCGCUGCCGCCACGCACAUCGCGCCCGCGCGCCUACAUCACGUGCUGCGCGACAGGUACGUGUCUCGCACACAGCACGCACUGCGCCACGCGCCCGCCGCGCGACUGCUGGCCGCCGCCGCCACGCACAUCGCUCCCGCGCGCCUACAGUACGUGCUGCGCGACAGGUACGUGCCUCGCACACAGCACGCACUGCGCCACGCGCCCGCCGCGCGACUGCUGGCCGCUGCCGCCACGCACAUCGCGCCCGCGCGCCUACAUCACGUGCUGCGCGACAGGUACGUGUCUCGCACACAGCACGCACUGCGCCACGCGCCCGCCGCGCGACUGCUGGCCGCCGCCGCCACGCACAUCGCUCCCGCGCGCCUACAGUACGUGCUGCGCGACAGGUACGUGCCUCGCACACAGCACGCACUGCGCCACGCGCCCGCCGCGCGACUGCUGGCCGCCGCCGCCACGCACAUCGCGCCCGCACGCCUACAGCACGUGCUGCGCGACAGGUACGUGUCUCGCACACAGCACGCACUGCGCCACGCGCCCGCCGCGGGACUGCUGGCCGCCGCCGCCACGCACAUCGCUCCCGCGCGCCUACAGUACGUGCUGCGCGACAGGUACGUGCCUCACACACAGCACGCACUGCGCCACGCGCGCGCCGCGCGACUGCUGGCCGCCGCCGCGCAUGCGCACCCGCACGCUGACCCCGCCGCGCGCCGCCACCUGCUAGCCGCCGUCGCCGCGCACAUCUCGCCCGCGCGCCUACAGCUGGUGCUGCGCGACAGGUACGUGCCUCGCACACAGCACGCGCCCGCUGCGCGACUGCUGGCCGCCGCCGCGCGUGCCCACCCGCACGCCGACCCCGCCGCGCGCCGCCACCUGCUGGCCGCCGCCGCCGCGCACAUCGCGCCCGCGCGCCUGUGGCACGUGCUGCGCGACAGGCUCAGUCUUGAAAUAGAAAACUUGGAGCAAAUGGGUGCGGCGCUUAAAGAUCAUAGUCUAUACGCCGCGCGCUACCCUUCCACUGACGAUGAGUUCGCAGAUGCUAUUACAACUCCAAUUAUUGAGAAGAAAGAUCUCGUGGUUCCUCCUCAGUCCGAAAAAAAGGUUCCAAUACUCAACUACCUCAUUGAAACAUUUCAAAGUAAAUUCAAUUUUAGCACGGAGGAGGAUGCGGGGGAGUGUGAGGAUGGAGAUGGUGGUGAUGGGAGUGCGGGCGCGGAGCAGCGGGUGCACUGCCCGGAGUUCUACCGCUCGCUGUACCCGCAGCACGCGGCGUCGCGCGCGGACUACGGCUACGAGCGCUUCGCUAGCGGUCGGCCCGGCCUCGCGCAGGCUCUGCUCGCCUGGUACUACGUGCACAGCAGCUUGGAGGACGCAGCCAUGCCGGAAGUCGAGACCGAAGCGGUGCGCGCAGGAACUCUUGCGACGCGACACGGCGCUGGGUGUGGCUUGGCUGAUGCGCGCGGCGCGGGCGGGUGGGGGUGCGGGCGCGGGCGCGGGCGCGGGGAGCGGCUCGCGCGCGCUCUGCACGGCGCGGCGCCGCUCAGCGCGCUGCUGUACGCCACACUCCUCAACUGCAACGCGCCACAACUGCGCGACUACGUCUACCUCGCGGAACCCGCACACAUGGCGCGCGCGACGCUUCAACAAAAUAACGCGUCCGAGGAACAGAUGUCGGUGAUCAGACAAUGCCUGGACAAGCUGGCGGGUGUGGCCGAGGUGGAGAAGUUGCGCCAGUUCGGGCUCAACGUCAACGGGAUACUGUUUAACGCAGACGAAGACUACCGUCGGGAGAUCAUCUAUCGGCUAGCAAGGUGUGAGGAGGAGGAGCGCGUGCGUGCGGCGUGCCGGCUGGCGCACGCGCACGGGCUGGACGCGCUGGACGUGUGGCUGGCGCACGCCACGCACGCGCCGCCCGCACGCCGCGCGCUCGCCGCGCUGCCUCCGCUGCCCGACUCGCAGCCGCACGCGCACCAACGCAUCAAAGAGGCCCUAUGGCCUCUGUGCAGCGGGAGCGACCACGCAGCUCUGCUGAACGUGCUGUCGCUGCUGCAGCGCGUGGACGAGCGAGCGCUUCUAUACGGCCUGCCCGUCGCCGACCACAUCAAGCUGCUGAAGAAGGCCAAGGCCGCAUCACCAGAGCUGGACUACAAGCUGCUGGUGGAGCAGGCGAACGCGGAGCGGCUGCAGGCACACCUGCUGGACAUCAUGCGGCCGGAGAACGUGGGCCUGCUCACCAAGUUCCUGCGCACUCUUCCGCCCGCACUCAAGAUACCGCUCUCCGUGAACACACUCUAUACGCAGUGGCUGACGCGCCACUUCUUCAGCGUGCCGGCGAAUGCGAGCAACAAAAAAUGGAUGCAGCAGUACCGGCAGUGCGCGAGCUACUUCAACAAGCUGACCAAGGACGAUCUGCUUACAUUCAUCGCCAACACUUGUUUUUCCGCCGAGGCACUGCAACGUGUGCCGGUGGGGACAAGGAGUCUGAUGAUUUUGCAGGCCGUGGAUUAUUGCCAACAAGAACAAGAAAAUGAUUACAAAAUUAAUAAGAAUGAGCAAUCGUGGUGCCAGGUGGGCCAGGAACUUUCUCGCUGGGCUCGCUUCCUGGACAACUUCCACUCCAGUACCGUGCAGAACAUCAUCAAUACCAGUGAACUGCCGCAAAAUGAUAUAUGGCUGUCGCUGGAGAUGAGCCACGGCGCUUUGGAGCCGGCGCUGGUCGCCGUGGGUCGGCUGGUGGCGGUGGGGCUGCGCAGCGGCGCGCUGGCCUCGCUGCUGCACUGCCUGCACCUCGACAUACCCACCCACCGCAUUUUCCAGCACCUGCUGCACCACACGCACACGACCGACGAUAUGCAGUGUUUUGUGGCGCGCGUGUCGCAGUACCACCGGGAGGGCGUGCAGUUCCCCGCGGAGCUGGUGGAGGCGGCGCUGGAGCGCGGCAAGGAGCUGGCGCUGCCCGCCGCGCGCCAGCUGGCACUGUUGGCGGCAGCGCCGCGCGCCCACGCUGCCGCCUCGCCCGUCGCCGCCACCAGCCCCGCUGCCGCCGCUGCGCCCGCCGCCGCGCUGCUGCGCGCCGACUGGCCCGACUCGCCCGAAGCACAGCGCCUCACAGAUGAGACGUUACUUACUGAAGAGGGUCGACGCGAGGUAUUCAGCAAGUUUAUGGAGCUGUCCGACACAUGGCAGAAGAAGAAGUCAUUGGUAGAUGUACUUAAUUGCUGGCCUCCCACCAAAACUCAGGACACCAGGAGCUUGCACUGUGAAUAUUUACACUCACUAUUGACCACGACUUCCGACCAGAACGAAGCUCUGGUGCUAAUAAAAUUGCUUCUAAGACAACCAGUGCUAGAUGAAGAGGAGGUUAAAUGGUUGUGUGAGAGUACACCUCCACAAUCAGUACUGAGCGCUGUUUGGGUGGUGCUGCUUAACAAAUGUGAACAUUCCACAGAUCUUGUCUUGGAGCUGGUGCUACGACACAAGGAUUCCAUAGAAACCCAAGAAGUUGAAGAGGAUUUGAUCAAAGAGCUGCUUGAUAACGAACUAUUUAUUCCACUUGUGCCAACUCCCUUGUACUCCUCUGUUAUUAACUACAUUAUGAACAAAGACUCCUCCGACAUGGAGCCUAAAGACUACACAGUAAGCUGGGCAAUUGGCGAGCUGAAGAAAGCAAACUAUAUCGCAGAAGCGGGUCAGCUGCAACUCUUGCAUAUCGGCGUACCGUCGUCUCUACGCGGCUUUACACAAUCGGUGUUAUGUGUUAAGAACAUUUUAAAUCAAUAA